CGCUGUUAGUGAUAAGAGCAUUGCCUUGGCGUCCGGGGGUCUCUCUCCUUUGGCGUCCCGCGAGCACCUCAGAGUCCGUUUCUCGCCAUGAAGCUUGUGCUGCUGCUCGCGCUCGCGGGCCUGGCCGCUGCGCGCCUUCCGUCCAGCGCCGAGGACUCCGGGAGGAACUCCUGGGGCGGGAGGGUGCGGUCUCUGGACGAUGACAGCGACGACAUGAAUCCCGAAGUUGAGGAUCCUUUGCUAUCGAUCCUGCGGCUCGCCCUCGGAGGCACUGCCUUGGCUCCCGCAAGCGACCUUGCGAGCCAAUCUGCAGCUCGCCUUGCCCACAGGGCGCGCGUCUCCGGCUCCAACCGCUUUGCUGCUCCUGAAGCUGGUCGUGUCCAUCGUCUCCAACAUCCGAAGGCGCAGAAGAGGAUCGAGCCUGUCCCUGCUCUUGUAUCAGCACCCGGCCUGGGACUCUCCCUCCCUCAAACUCCUGCUUCUCCAGCUCAGUCGAAGGGCGGCCCUCUGUCUGACUCUCAGCUUCCUCGAGCGGCCGCCAAGGCUCCAGCUCCUGCUGAGACUCCUCAGCAAAUACUGUUCCCUGUUCCUGCCUUGGCUCCUUGGCUACGGCUGGAGUCUGACGCUCGCCCUGACGGAGUCAGGGCAUCUCAGGCUGCCCCGAGAGCGCCCUCCAGACCCACCCAGCCACGAGCGCAGUCUCCGACUUCUCUCUACAGAUCUCUGGCCCUCAGGAACCGACUCGCAUCCCGACUUCUCCAGAGAACCUCAGAUAUCAGUAGUGAGGAAUAA